AUGACGAAGGGUACACAAUCAUUCGGCAAGCGUAACUGCAAGACCCACACAUUAUGUCGUCGAUGUGGUCGUUCAUCAUACCAUUUACAACGACAACGCUGCGCUGCUUGCGGCUUUCCAUCAGCUAAAACACGUAAAUAUCAAUGGAGUGAAAAAGCUCGUCGUCGAAAAACAACUGGCACUGGUCGAAUGAGACAUUUGAAGGUAGUCUUUCGUCGAUUUCGCAAUGGUUUCCGUGAAGGUACAUUAGCUAAAUCUCGCAAAUCCCAUCGACAAGUAGCCGCCGGUGCAGCGACAACCGCACCAGCUACCACCAAAUAG